AUGAGAGGAUGUUUGUGGAAACUCCCGACCCCAAGCGGCGAUGAUUAUCAUUUGAUCUGGAUUCCGAUUAAUCAGACACCAAGAUUGCCGUCUCUUAAUGAAUUGUCAGAACGCUCAUUGGAGAUACUAUGGAAGUCCUUGCAGCAUAAACGAGUAAGAGUGCGAUGUCUUACUCCCAUUGAACAGAGAUUCUUCGAAGUUGGGUGGGGAUUUGACGGCCCUAGUGAUGACCAUGAUGUACGAUAUCGAUUGACGAAGAUGAUAGAUUUCAAAGAGUGGACGGAUCUUGAGAUUCGUGAUUGCAAUAUGGCAUUGAAUGAUCAAGAUCUGCGAGUCGAAUUAAUACCAGAUUCUGAUUGGAAACAUCGAUGCCUUCGAAAUUCAAUCUAUUCCAAACUUUCGUGCACAACAGGCAAAGUCAAGUUGCAUAAAUGGGAGGAAUCGGAGUUGGAAGCACUUGACAAAGCAAUUGAGCGAGGGUGGCUAGUUCUAGAGCCAAUCAGCAGUAAUAGCAGAGAUGCCGAGAUACGCGACGACAAGAGUGAGAAAGAAGGAAAGGCUCAGAAACCAUCUGUUGCUGAAGGGGCAUCUCCAUCUGAAAAGACUAAAUCAAUGAAAGUAGAAGUACCGAACAAUAAGCAAUCUAACUCCCAUGGCUACACAAUUGAAAGACUAUUAAGGGAACACGGGAGCCGAGGACUACCGGACUCAGAAGAUGCAUCAUGGGUACAGCUUCUUGAAAAGCAUGGAAAAUCCAACGCAGAUUAUAUACAAUGGUUGGAGAUGAAUCGCGAGUCCUGGAAAUUUAACCCAGAAUCGCCAAUGCCAAAACGUACUGGCAGUCCGCCAAUCAGUUCACAUACACAAACGCCGCCACCUCUUUCAUCCUCGUCUUCCAUAGAACCGAAAUCCCAACCUCUAGCCUCAAAUCACAAUAACCUGGUGAAUGUGCUAGAAACUACAGUGGCUCCGACCAUUCCACAAAUUCGCGACGAAUUCAAUGAUCUCCAGAGCAAUAUCUUGAAUCAGUUUUACGGAAAACUACUAGAAUGGCACAUCAUGGAGGUCAACGAGUCACUCAACGAACGACAUGCAUCUGAGAUGGCUGUCAUCAAUGAUAAACUGGCUACCGUUGAUGCCCAAUUGACUCAAGUUAUGGGGGAAAAGUCGGUCCUUGUCGCCAACAAGUCUAAGCUCGAAGAUCAGCUUGAUAAAUUCAAGGCUGAUCUUGAGAUUACACGUGAGGAUGCACAAAAUCGUAUUUGUUUCCUCCGUUAUGAGCUCACAGAGGUCUAUGAGGAGAGUAAGAGGGUUAAAAAGGAUAAUUCGGCACUCGGAGAAAAGGCAGCGGGGUUGCAGAAGGAGCUUAACGAGAGGAAUUCAAAGCUGGAUGAGAUGAUUCUCGCUAACUCGAAUUUGUCGCGGCAAAUUGAAAAGUUAAACACAGAAAAGAAGCAAGCGGAAGCUAGUGCGGUUAAGUGGAAUGAGGAAUUCAAAACUGUCAAAUCUGAGUUGAAUGCGAAAUGUGAAGAGUUGAGCCAACUUGUCAUGGAGACUACCAAGCGGCAACGUGAACUGGAAGAAGGAAACAGAGCUUUGGAGGACGACAUAUUAAAACUCCGCGUGGUAAAUAAGGCUGAAGUAGCGAUUGCUCGGACUUCAGGGGAACGUAUCGGUCGGGAACAGAUUCUGCAGGACCUCAAGGAAUUCGAAGCCAUGCUGCGAGCUCACUUCGAUCAAAUCCAAUCGGUCAGAGAUACUGAAUACAAGCGAGGCUUGAAGGAUGGACAGAGUACAGGAACGAAUGAGAAGAAGCUGCAGUCCUUGGCCGCUGCUGCAAUCAUGGAGUUGAAAGAAUCUCCGGCCAAGUUAAUUCCAUCCGACCGGUUUGUAACCCAGGAUCUGCACCAGCAAAGCACCCAGAGUUGUGCAGAUCACAAACUUACUGUAUCUGAAGGACUCGCACAUUCUUCAAUUUCAUCGACUCCUGCUCCAACAAUACCUGGCGAAUUCAAUGUUAAUUAUGAGAUAGGGUUAUUGACUCCAUCUCCCGGCCCUGAAAUCAUUCCUUCAAAAUUGUCCCUCUUCAAUCAUUCAUUUCUCAAAGAUACCUUUGGUAACCGUAGUAAUGGUUUCUGGAAUAAUAUGCAGCUGACGCUGGAAAUUGGGACAAAUAAUAUCAAAGGAAGCCAUGCUAAUUGGCCUCGAAUCCUGAAAAUACACGAUGACCGGAAACCCCAUCCCCAGUGCUAUCAACGGCCGAGCAUUGGGAAACAUGGUGCUCUUCUACUCAUCAACGAUCUUGACGAUAAAUGUAUUCCGGAUUUGGAAUACCCGACAUUUCUCAACACAGUCAAAAGGCAUGCCGGGGUAUUCAAAGACUACCUUUUCAGAUAUGAAAGAGGAAGGAAGUUUUUCCAGGAAAGAACCGGUGACCGACAAAGCAAAGACACCGUACACAGAUCUCGUGUGCGAACAGCAUUCGCAGAUGGUAGCAUGUAUACCAGCUGGACUGUAUUACAAUACGUCGGAUUUGACCUCAAGGGCUACGAGGCGUUACUUACUCAGUAUAGCCAAUCCGAGCCUUUCUGUUGGAGGAACCGUGGGAUUCCGCUCCAGAAUGUGGAUGGAGGGUUUGAGCACACUCUCUUGAAUGAUAUUCUCAAUCGCGCGUCGACAAAGAGAGUUCGUGGAGUAGGAGAUCCUAGCGAAAGUGAACGGAAGCGGUUAAAGAUUUUGGAUCCAAGGCCUAGUAAGCCACCCGAAAUAAAUACACGAGAUAAGUCUCGACGAAAGGGUAUAUCGAUACUUCGAUCUAGGGAGAUGUCGAAGGAUAAUUUUACUAUUGUAAUGGAUAACUCUAGAAGAUAUUGA